UAUAAAAUUGGCAGCAAUUUUCCUUUUCAUUAAUAGUUUUUUAGAUAUUUCAUCAAUACAAAAUAAUUAAAUAUAAUAAACAAUAUUUAAAAUAAUCUAAUAUUUAAAAAUUACUCUUAUAAAUGUGCAAUACUAAAUGUAUUUAAAGACAAACACCGUGCUAAUAUUAAUGUAAUCAAAAUUUGUUAAAAUGGCACUUAAAAAGAACUUCCAGAGAAUGUUUGAAAAAAACUUGACUGAUUUGGUCCGUGGAAUUAGAAAUAAUAAAGAAAAUGAGGCACGUUACAUAUCUGAAUGUAUAGAAGAAAUAAAACAAGAGCUACGUCAAGACAAUAUAAGUGUUAAAUGUAAUGCUGUAGCUAAACUAACUUAUAUACAAAUGCUGGGUUAUGAUAUUUCAUGGGCUGGCUUUAAUAUAAUAGAAGUUAUGAGUUCCCCAAAAUUUACUUGUAAACGUGUUGGCUACUUGGCUGCCGCUCAAUGCUUCCACGCUGAUAGUGAACUAUUAAUGCUAACAACUAAUAUGAUAAGAAAGGAUCUGAAUUCAACCAAUCAGUAUGAUGCAGGUGUUGCACUCAGUGGGCUCAGUUGUUUUAUUUCUGCAGAUUUAUCAAGAGAUCUAGCGAACGAUAUAAUGACAUUGAUGAGCUCAACAAAACCUUAUUUAAGAAUGAAAGCUGUUUUAAUGAUGUAUAAGGUAUUUUUACGUUACCCAGAAGCAUUAAGGCCUGCGUUUCCAAAAUUAAAAGAAAAAUUAGAGGAUUCUGAUCCAGGAGUUCAGUCUGCUGCUGUUAAUGUUAUAUGCGAACUGGCUCGCAAAAAUCCAAAAAAUUAUUUGUCAUUAGCUCCAAUAUUUUUUAAACUUAUGACUACAUCAACAAACAAUUGGAUGCUUAUAAAAAUUAUCAAGUUGUUCGGAAGCCUUACCGAAAUUGAGCCAGCGCUUGGAAGAAAAUUAACUCAUCCCCUAAUAGAAAUAAUUUCAAGCACAACGGCUAUGAGCCUUUUAUAUGAAUGUAUUAAUACUGUCAUAGCGGUUUUGAUAAGCAUAAGCAGUGGUAUGCCAAAUAAUUGUGCCUCCAUACAACUGUGUGUGCAGAAACUACGUAUAUUGAUCGAAGAUUCAGACCAAAAUUUAAAAUAUCUUGGUUUGUUAGCAAUGUCCAAAAUUUUAAAAACUCAUCCAAAAAGUGUUCAAGCACAUAAAGAUUUAAUAUUAGCUUGCCUUGAUGAUAAAGAUGAAUCAAUACGUUUAAGAGCAUUAGAUUUAUUAUAUGGCAUGGUAUCGAAAAAAAAUUUAAUGGAAAUUGUUAAAAGAUUAUUAGGGCAUUUAGAAAGAGCUGAAGGUUCCAUUUAUCGUGACGAAUUGUUAUAUAAAAUAAUUGAAAUAUGUUCACAAGGCUCAUAUCAGUAUGUAACAAAUUUUGAAUGGUAUUUAACAGUUUUAGUAGAAUUAAUACAAUUGGAAUCAAAUUCUAAACACGGCAAAGUAAUUGCUGAUCAAUUGUUAGAUGUUGCAAUACGUGUUCAAGCUGUUCGAACUUUUGCUGUUGUUGAAAUGACAACUUUAUUAGAUAAUUUUAAUUUUUCAUCACCUAUCAGUUCAAUGUACGAAGUUCUUUAUGCUGCCGCUUUUAUUGUUGGAGAAUUUGCCAGUGAAAUUGAGGAACCAGAACGCGCUUUAGGGAUUUUGUUACGGAAUAAAUAUGUUCCAGGACAUAUAAGAGCUGUAUUUAUCCAAAAUACGCUUAAAUUAUUUACAAGACUUAUAACAACUUGCCUUGAAUGUCAAGAUGUUAACGGAAUUAUAAGGCUGUGUGAACAGGUUUAUACUAAAUUACAAAAUUUUGUGAAAUCAGAUGAUAUAGAAGUACAGGAGAGAGCCAAUUCUGGAAGUAUUCUUAUAAAAAUGAUACAAGACGCGUUAAAUGGUUCAUUAUCAUCCAAAAAUAAUUUCCCUUCCGUCGACGUUCCAAUGACAAAAGACAUAUUAGGCGAUCUUGAUCCAUUAUCUAGAACAAUAAGCAAUCCAAGUGACGUAAAAAGCAACAAUUUUUCGGAAAAACCAGAAUCAUCAAAAAUUCCCGAGUCUGCUAUAGAAUUAAUUCAAGAAAUGGGCAUGCUAUUUGACGGUGACUUAAAUCCUGUUGCACCUAAAGCUCAACGCAAAGUUCCAAUUCCCGAUGGUUUGGACUUGGAUGCAUGGAUACAUCCUCCUUCAGAAGAUGAGGACGACGGAAGCACAUCAAGUCAAAGCGAACUAAGUGAUUUAUUUGUGCCGACAACGGCCGAUAGAAAUGGAAAUGAUGACUAUGAUCAAAGUAGUUACAGAAGACGUAAAAAUAAUGAAGAGUACUCAAAAGAAGAAAUAGAGAAACGUAAGCAAGUUAGGUUAUUAGAACAAAUGAAUAAUCCUAAUUAUCUGAAGUCUGAUAAUUCUAAAAAUAAAAAUAAAAAUAUAAUAAUAACUGAGGAAGGUACCGAAGAAGUUCCAGUAGCUGAAUUAGCUUUAGAAAUUCCAUUAGAAAUACAUUCCACGAAACGAUCUGAUAAAUACGUAAUGGAAUCUAAUUUAAGUAAAUCGAAGAAAAAAAUUAAAAAAUCAAAAAAGGGCAGAAAAUCCAAAAAUAAAGUUAAUUAUUCCACGUCCGAGACUGAAGAAGAAGAGCCAAAGCUUGUCCAUUUAGUUAAUACAUCAGUGGAAAUUCCAGAAGGUGCUGAAAUAAGUGAUAAUGAUGAAAAUGAUAAAAAGAUUGAUCCUAAUGAUCCACAUAGAGCUUUAGAUAUUAAUUUGGAUGAUAUUCUUCUAAAAAAUGAUAACGAAUUCAAAGAUUUAAAAAAGAAAAAUUCACGUCACAGUAAUUACCAUAGAAAAGAAAAUAACAUCAAUUUCUUGAAAAUAAAUUCUACAGAUGCUAUAAAUGAAAAUGAAAUUAUAGAAAAAAAAUCUUCAGAUGACCGACAACAUCAUCAUCGUCUUAAAAAGGGGAAAAAGAAAGAUAAACAUAGUAAUAGUUUUAUUAAUGACGAAGAAGAAAGAAGUGAAAAGAAUAAUAAAGAUGAAAAGAAAAGAUCUAAGAAAAAAUCGUCAAAACACGAAAAAGAUACAAAAUCCAACACAGUAGAUAUUCCUGAAUCAAAUUUGUUAUUAGAAUUUCCAAUGUCCACAAAUGAAAAUAUUUUAAAAGAAAACAAUCAUCAUAAAAAAGAUCAUAAAGAACAUCAUCAUCAUAAAAAAGAGAAAAAACAUAGCUCUAAAAGAAAAGAUACAACUCCGAAAGCAGGUUAUGAGGAAGCAUGUGGUAUUUCAACUCCAAGCAAAGAAGUUUUCAAUUUCAAUUGAAUUUUUUUUUUUGUAAUUAUUGUUAAAAUAAAAUUCGUUUCCUUUUUGCAAAGGUUCAAGAUGUUAUUAUUUACACAAAAAGGUGUUUAAAUGUAAUAAAUGAAAUAUUUGUUAUUAAACUUAUUUUUAUAUGUAUUUUAUAAUAUUAUUUUAUAUCAAUUAUAAUACAUAAUGUCAACCAUAUUAUUAUAUCAGUCACAAAGUAAAAAGAAAAAUACUAACUCAAUUAAUUAGUUUCUUAAAAUUAUAAUUUUACUUUUUCUUUGAUUGGUAGAUGAAAUUAUGUGGCAUUGAAAAAUGCAGGAUAAAAGUUUUAAUUGAAAAAGUGAUACUAUUUUUAUAUAUUUUUUAAUUCUUUUAUAAUCUAAACUAAUAAAUAAUAAAUAUAAGAAAUUUAAAAAAAAUUUACAAUAUCUGAACUCGGAAUUAAAACAUACAUACAUUUUUUUUUGGUUAAUCAAAAUCUGAAAAUUAAAAUAAUUUUGCUACUGAAUAAAGAAACAAAAUAUAUAAAAAUAGAAUUUAAAUAAUUUUGAUUUUAUAAAAUAAAAUUUAAUAUUGAAUAAUAUUUUUAAAUGACCUCACGUUUAAUUAAUAACAUCUUUAUAUUAAUUUCGAAUAUUUAGUUUAUACGUACAUAAAUAUAAAUUUUAGAUGUUUUAAAAUAUAUAAUAAUAUUUAAAGAAAAAACAAAUCACUCAAGAUUAUGUUGUAUAAAAAGUUAUUAAUAAAAGAACAAAUUAAUAUCGAUAUAUCGAUAACAUUGUGGCUUAAGCUUUAUAGUUAAAAUAAUGUAAUAUAAUAUAACAUAAUUAUGGAAUAUUAAUAUAAAAAAUUAAAUGUAUAGAGAUUAUCAAAAAUUAAAAGAUUGUCUACAUAUAUAUAUUAUAUUCAUAUAAUAUUUUUAAUAAUGCAUGCAUAUAUAUAUAUAUAUAAGUACAUAUAUGUAUAUAGAAAUUAUUUGUAUAUGCAUAUAUGUACGUGCAUAUGUAUGUAAGUACGCAUGCACGAAUAAUAUAAGACAUAUGUUAGUACUAACGAAUA